CCCUGACCUUAUCUUUUAAAAAAAAAGAAAGACUGAAGAAAGCCAUGUGUUUGGAAACGGUGAUCGAGAUUUCGAAUUAUUGAAAGAAGCGUCAGUUUUGGAGUGUCUAAAAGUCGGACUCUAGUAACAAGCAUUCUUCAGAUUAAGUGUGUGAAAAUGUCAUGAUGAAAGGCGCUAGGACCUCACAAGACUCCCAAGCCACGCAGUCUUCUGCAGGAACUGCAAUGUAUGAAGAAGUAUCUGAUGUACGUACAUCGAUGCGGAGCGCAGCCUUGGGACAGCGGGGGAAAUGGAUGCGGCAGGGGAGUGCGCUGGGGGGCUGGCAGGGCGAGUGACAGUGUACACCACGCUGGGGUGCCCACACUGCCAGCGAGCCAAGUCUCGGCUGAGGGGGCUGGGCCUGCCCUUCUGUGAGGUGGACCUGAGCAGGCACGCCGCGCUGGCGCAGAGGAUCCGGAAGCUGACGGGUGGCAGGACAGCGCCUCAGAUCUUUUUCAACAGCGUCCACGUUGGCAGCAGUGACGACCUGCAGAAACUGGCUCCAGAGGAACUGCAGAGGCUGGUGCGCAUGGUGAGAGAGGAGCCAGUGCCUCUGGAUGCCCCUCCGAUUCCCGGAGAGGAAAACCAACGAAAGAGAGGGAUUCUCAGUGAUGGAGCUGCUGAACUGUCCGAGGAACUGCGCCGCACAAUCCUGAAACUCUAUGCUGAUCACCUCUCUGCAGAUGGAAAGUUUGUAGAUUACAAGGCCAUGUCUAGGAGUCCGAUCUUUGAGAAGUACUGUGAGCUGACCAUCCAGCUCCAGCGUGUGGAGCUGCAGUCUCUGAGCCGUGAAGAGAAGCUGGCCUUCUUCAUCAAUGUCUACAAUGCCCUGGUCAUCCACGGUCACAUCCGCAUGGGCUCCCCCCAGAACAUGUGGCAGCGGUACAGGUUUUUUAACUACGUGAGUUACCUGAUUGGCGGGGCAGUAUUCACCCUGCAGGACAUUGAGAACGGGGUGCUGAGGGGAAACAGGAAGGGUGUGGCCCAGUUAAUGAAGCCCUUCUCCCUGAGCGACCCACGGUUCCAGGUCGCUCUCCCUGACCCAGAGCCUCUCGUCCACUUUGCCUUGAACUGCGGAGCGAAGGGCUGCCCCCCCAUUAAGACCUACACAGCCAAGGAUAUCGCCAGCCAGCUCCGAACGGCAGCAGAGGCCUUUCUGGAGAAUGACGAGGGCUGUAAAGUUGACCCUCUGAGGGGAGAGGUACAUCUCAGCCAGAUUUUCAAGUGGUACAAGGUGGACUUUGGAGAUACUGAUGAGAAGCUACUGAAAUGGGUUUUAAACCACAUGGGUGACUCUCCCAAGAAGUCCAGCCUGGAGGCUCUUCUGAAAGCACCUUGCUAUAAAGUCAUCUACAUGCCCUACAACUGGUCCACCAAUGGCAUGGGCUGAAGUGUCUCUCUUCAGCAGUGCAUGCUGGCUGUGAACAGCAGGAGUAAGCAUGCACAAAAACGCUAUUAGAAAGGAGCUAGCUGGGCCCGGGCCUCCCAGAAAAGCACAGAAAUGGGCAGAGAAGAGAAAGCUCUCCCCUAACUUUGAUUACCAGCUACUGUCCAAGCAAGCCAUAGAGACUCUUCUCACCUGCACAGUAAUAAGAUAGAACACCUGCUGUCAGGAUCUGUUUGUCUUGUUUUUGAAGGUAAAUUGUAUUUUUUUUCUUCCACCAUUUCUCCUUCAGUGGAAUGAUGAUUCAGAGUGAAGGAAAAACAGAGAUGUGUUUUUUCUAUUUCUGCACUGCAUUGGAAAAUUAGGAUUGAGACAACAUUCUCAUUCUCAUUAAGGUGUUGAAAAAUCCAGUCAUGAUUUAGGAAUACUAAUAUCUCAUGAUUUGAAGCAUAUAAGAAAACUAAACUGUUGUCAGGUGACUAUUACGUUGUAAAUUUAAGUCCUGCAGAUCAAGGUAUAAGGUUCAAAGGUCUUUUGUUGCAGUAAAACAGAAUGCGUUACUGUUGAACACACAUACUGCCCUAUGGAUCUUGGGCAAUGCGUAUAAAUAAGUUAGGAUAGUCUUUGAUCAAAUACAAAUUCGUCCAGGUUUUCUCAACAUGAUUGCAGUAAAUACAUAUAUUUCUGUACAUCUAUAAAGUCCUUUUGAGAAAACCAAAUUGCUUUAGAAAUUAAAAGCUUUUAAAAACAUACUGUAAAUAUUGAUAUUGCCCUAUUUUUCCAAAUGCUCUGGUUUACUACCUCCCAAAAACAAGCUGUUAGGGUGAUUGGUUGAGUAAAACUGAUGUUUCUGUUAGGAAAUUUAAAUUCAGAUUUAAAAUUUAAAGCUUACAACGCGUUGACAACCAAGAACAAGGGGGCACUUGUUUACCCAAAGGGUUGUGGGAGUUGAUUGAUGAUGGUGUAUUUCAAGAAACCAGCUACUGUAGUUGAGAUGUUUGGAUCAAUUAACUAUCAAAUACCAGAUGGGCCUCUUCUCAUUUGUAACAUUUAUUUAAUUAACUCCCUUUGUCUGGAAUAGUUCUGCUACAACACUGAGCACAACCUAGUUGAGAAAGGGUUCAGAUGAAGAAGAUGAAAUAGGUCAAACCUUGGAGGCAGGGAGCAUAAACACGUAUUUCCUGUGUCAAGAAAGAGAGGAGUUUCAAAAGAGUGCUAGGUUUAUUGUUCAUGAGAUUUUCAAAGAUACAAGGGCAUGCUACAGGAUAUUAACACUGAGCUUGGCAGCUGCAAAUAAUAAGUUUUAAAAAUUUAGUUUUUAAAUAAGUUUUAACUCCAUCAUCAUUGUCAUGUAUUGAUCGUUCUGUAAGUCCAAACCCAGCAUGUUCCCAUUCAUUGUGAUUAAUGCAAAAAACACAUUUCCUUAAUUUGAUCCUGUUUUGAGAUGUGAAUGGAUGUGAUCUGAACCUUUAUACCCUGUGACACCUUAUACAUAUUAUGCACCAAUCUUUAGAGAACAUCUUCAACUUCAAGAUCUUGGCUGAGAAAGCUGAAAUGACAUAGGAAGCUAUGUGAUCCAGCAUUUCUUCACAAUUUGGAAUGCUGCUCUUACAUUUGUUUGAAAUCUGAUUACAGUGUCACCCGUAAUCGUGUCAGAUGAGUAAGAAAGGUAACCAAAGACUGAAGGUAUGUAAGAAACAAGUCUCCAAAGACUCCUCAAGUCACUGUAGAAAUGAACUCCUACAUCUUUUGAAAUCUUUUGAAAGAAAUUGCACAUUAACAAAACAAACCUUCCAAUACAUGGAGCUAUGCAGGAUAUUUGAUAGAUAUAAUUUCUUGUUAGUGUUUAAUAAAGGUAAAUACAAUCUAAUGUAAAGCACGCAGAGGUAAAUAUAGGUGCCCAGCAGUUUCUCUUCCUUGUGAAGCAAAAUAUUGAUAUGACUGAUUUUGUCUUUUGCCAAGGGUAUACAUUGUAUAAACAAACAUAUUUGGAGCUUUAUCAAUUAAUACAAUCAGUUGUGGUUGAUCAUAAAAUUUUUGAUUGAUACAAAUGUUUGUGAUGUAGCUCUCAAGCUGCUCUGGAGCCUGUUAAGGCAUGAGCUCUCUUCAGCGGACAGCAGCCUGUGGAGGGUGAGCUCAUACGUCACUCUCACAAGGGAAGUUGGUUGUGCUGGGGUUGAACAGGUCAGCUGGGUAACUGUGUUAAGGCUCACCGUUCAGAGUACACAAUGCCGAUCAAAAAUAUCACAAACAAACGACUAAAGAGGUUUAUUUGCUCUGCUAGUUUGCAUUGGGAGAGUGAGAGCACACCUAGUCCUACGAUUGUCACCCCUUUAACAUUCAGCCUGAACCCCUGCCCACUGGGUAAGGUUAACAUUUAUCCCCUGCUAAGACAAAUUUAAAAGUCAAGGCUUUGAUGUGGUCGUAUUUGGAUUACACUAAAGUGAGAACAGUCCUUACUGUCCUCAAGUCUGUAGGUAACCUAUUUGAAACCUUUUGGCUACUUUUUUUUAGUCUGGUUUGAUCAAUUCUAAGGACAGGGGUAGGAGAAAUAUGUGCCAUAUGGCAGAAGGGUUUGUCUUCUGUACCCAGCUACAGACACAGCUUGUCUUGUGGCCUCGAUAGAAGCAAUACUCAGUGACAGGUAAGGAAGGAAUCUGUCUUUUAGUGCAAGAGACAUUGUACUUGCCCGUUGCAUGUGUUUAGUUCAUUAGCAUCGUCUGUACUUGUUGCAUGUGAUAUGAAAUGAGGGCUCUAAUCCAAACCCUUUUAGGACGUUAAUCAGCCUGUUUCCAGAUAGUGCCUUUUUAACAACCCUGCAUGACAGUGAAUACCUCAAUUAACAUCAACAACCCCCCUUCGUUUGCUCGGUGCUGCUAAAAGUGUAUGGGGAAUUUUUUGAUUUUAUCUAUUUUGUUUCUAACUGUGUACUUACCCUUAAUGAGUAUUUUUGCCUCCUGUAUCUACUAAACCAAACCAUUUUUUUAAUUAUCCAGGUGCCUAAUACCAAAUCCAUAUUCCCAGACAUCUCCUUUUUGUGUUAAAAAGUAUACAAUCUAAAAAGAAAUACUGCUACCGAUGCUAAUAUUUGAGAUUACACUGUACCAUAAACUACAGUUUAAUAACACAUUUUGUGCACAAAUACUGCAAACUCAGUUAAUGGCCAAUUAAGAUGCAAUGCAAAAGUCUUGCACAGAUGAGGCAAAUAAUUCCUACUUUACUGUAAUGUUUACUUUCUAUUGAAGUAUAUUAUCAGGAAGAAACCUGCUGUGAUGCAAACUGUGUAAAUUAAAAUGAUUACUAUAAACAUGCUCUGCAUGGAAUUCCCCUGUUGCACAUCUCUUAACUCUUAAGCAAUACAUUUAUGGUUGUAUACAAAUGCAAAAAUGUAUGCAGUGGUUAUCUAAAAUAAAUGCUGUUUUCAACAGAA